AACUAGAAGGUUGACCCGGAAAAGGAAAAACAGUCAACGACACCUGUCAGAUGCCACUGACUUUAUUGUGGUUUAUAAAUGUUAUUUAACAGGUUUUUGCGGCCAGUAGCAUCUCAUAUUAUCAAGAUCUCUGUGUGAAAAGGACAAAAUGUCAUCCAAGUGUAAAAAGAGGAAAAGGAGGCCUCAGAUGGAUGCAGAGCAGAACAGCCAGGAGAAGCAACUGCAAGCUCUUCAAAACAGCAAGGAGGAAGGGUCCAGGAUGAAGAAGAAGCUGCUGGUGGACGUGGACUGUGGCGUGGAUGACGCUCAGGCCAUCAUGCUGGGGCUGGCUGCCCCCAAUGUGGAGAUCCUGGGCAUCACCUGCGUGCACGGGAACACCGCGGUGGAGAACGUGUGCAAGAACGUUCUGCGGGUUCUCCAGGCCUGCAAAAAGCCGGAGAUUCCGGUGUUUAAAGGUGCUGCUAAGUCCAUCCUUGGCAUCAGAGUCGGCGAUGAAAGCUUCCACGGUCAGGACGGCCUCGGAGACGCCCCCGACGCCGGCGCUCCUGGUCUGGACCUGAUUCAGGAGGAGAAUGCCGUGUCGGCCAUAGUCCGGAUUGUUAAUGAGAACCCUGGAGAGGUGUCCUUGGUUGCCACGGCGCCCCUCACCAACCUGGCUCUGGCUGUGAGGAUGGAUCCGACGCUGCCGGGCAAACUCAAAGGACUCUACAUCAUGGGAGGGAACACUGAGUCACGAGGGAACACCACCGUGUGUGGCGAGUUUAAUUUUGCAUCUGAUCCAGAGGCAGCAUACAUCGUGCUGAAUGAUUACCAGUGUGAAACUUACUUGGCGUGCUGGGAGUUCACCUGCUACAGCCAGCUGCCAUGGGACUUCUGUGACGCCUGGUUGGGUCAGGACAGCGACAAAGCUUGCUUCAUGGCGAAGAUCUUCCACCACAGUAUGGAGGAGGCCAAGAAAGACAGCGGAUGCCUGGGUUUCACGGGCUUCGUUUCCUGUGACUCGUACGCCAUGGCGGCCGCGGUGGACAACUCGUUUGUCACAGAAAGCGAUCGUUAUCCAGUCAGUGUUGAACUGACAGGAACUCACACCAGAGGAAUGAUGAUAGUGGACACUGUAGGGUUGCUAAAGAAGACGCACAAAGCGUGUAUUAUGAAGAAGGUGGACAUGGAGAAGUUUAAAAAGAUGAUGAUGGCAGCUUUGCAAUGACAUCUGCGAAUGGAGGGAACUUUGUUUCUUAGGUAGGUCAGACGACACAGUCAUCCAGGUAAAAGCCUGACCAUUCACACCUGGUAUUGAUUUCCAUCAUGAAUUAUCAGAUCUCAGUCCUGGUGACCAAAAAGUGUAACAUCAGCCCGUGCGUGGUCAGCUGAUCAUCAAACUAUAAAGGAGGUAUCUUACAAAACGCAGCACAGAAGGAGAAAUUAUCUUAAAACAGAUGGAAUAAAACUACAGAGUUUUAUAUGUGAGUUUUAUAUCUAUAUGUGUUUACUCUUGCCUGAGAUUUACCUUUUACCUCCAAAAAGGUGAGAGGUCAAGAAGGUAAACUCUGACUUCGCUCACCUGCUUGAUAUUAUUAAUUAGUUUCUGAUUCGUAUCCCUCGACAGUAGGUGAAGGUCUGAACGUAAACGGAUUCUGUUAUGACCAGAACAGACCAGAAAAACUUCCUCAUCACAGCUGACCACAGGAAUCUUUUGAUUCCCUGCUUCAUCCAGCAAUACUUAUAAAAGCCUUGAACUCGUCAUAUUACAACCUGAAGGCAGUCCACCAGCAGCAACUAAUGUUUUAGAAACGGUUUGCUGCUGUGGGGGUUUUUGUCUUUUGCAAAAAAAUUUUAACAGAGUAAUAACUGCUGCUUGAUGCGAGUCCAUUCAGGUCAGUUUGGUGCUUCUCCAUCACCUCUGACUUUGCUUCAAGAAAACUGACCU